AAGGAUUACUUACUAUGGGUUAGGUGCUACGUAUUGGGUUGUACCAGUAAUACAUCAAUUUGUUUAAAUGAAAUAUCUAUAUGGAAAUAGACAUUUCAAUUCAACACAUAAGCAAAUCUACCAUCGAUGUCGCAACUCAGUACUAUCGAAUAAUUAUGAAUCAAAGUGACCGAAUCAAUCGCGAUUGACACAACUUUACUAUGGGUAACCAAGGAGCGAUUUCUUGAAUCUCGCAGAGGACAUGCCCUGUUCGAGAUUCCAGAAAUGUCUCCCUGGUAACCCAUAGAUAAUAACUUUUGAUCUUACCGAUUGACACCUCUAACUAGACAUUUUUUGCUUUUUGAGUGCUUGAGUUUUGGACACUUUGGAAUUCUCCGUUUUUCUACAAAUUAUCAAAUAACCAAAUCUGAUUUUAGACCGUGACCACACAAUAGAUAGUCUCUUAUUUGGUGUCGUGUAUUUUAUGUGCUAUUUUAUGGUGUCGUCGGAUAACUAUCACCUGACUGUGGAAAACAUCCCCUAAAUUUUGUGACUGACUGUCACUGUCAGACGUUUUGCGUCAUCCGAUUUUUGAAUUGGGUAACAAAUUUGAUCAACAUCUUAAUUUGAAUUUAUCACAACUUUUUGGUGAGCGCAAAUUAACGAAUGGAAAUGAACUCCAGAUCAAAGUCUAAUCCAUGGAUUAAAAAUAACUCCUCACAAAGCAACAGAAAAAUUCCAAAAAAUGUGUUUGAUCCAGGUCCCAAACCAUUAUUAAAAGCUUCAGAAAGAAAAUUUAAGGAAGCACAUCAGAAAUUUCAAGAUUCUGUGCAAAAGCAUUUAAAGGACUAUGACUCUUCUUCAGAAGAGGAAUAUGUAGACCCCACAGAUGUUAUUGAUGUGAUUUUAAAAAAUUAUAGGCAAGGAAGAGGAAGCAAUGAUCAAGUAACCAAAACUGAAACAUUUAUUGAAGAGGCAUUUUUAUCAGGAACACACACUUGUUUGAUUUGCAUCUCUAGAAUUAAACGAGAUGAUGAAAUAUGGAGUUGUUCCAAUUGUUAUGGCUCAUUUCACUUGUUAUGCAUCCAGAGAUGGUCAAAAGAUACCAUAACUCAACAAAAGCAAUCAUUAGAAGAGCAAUCGUUUUCCCACAGAAAGCCUCUGUCUUGGUGUUGUCCGAAAUGUCGAUUUGAAUAUGAACCAGAGAAUAUUCCAUCACAAUAUUUAUGCUUUUGCGGAAAAAUCCAGAAACCAAAGUAUGAUCCAUUUUUAAUUCCUCAUUCAUGCGGGGCAAUUUGCAAGAAAGGUUUGGUCCCCACUUGUGGACAUAAAUGUCUGUUGCUUUGUCAUCCAGGGCCCUGUCCCCCAUGCCCAGUAACUGUCAGUGUCUCUUGCUUUUGUGGCUCCCAACCACCAGUGACCCAACGUUGUAGUCACAAAGGUUGGUCCUGUGGUAAUCGAUGCGAUAAAACGUUGUCAUGCGGCAAACACAACUGCCCUGAGCUAUGUCACCCAGGCGAGUGUAAACCUUGUUCGAAAAAAAGCAUUCAGAAAUGCAUGUGUCAGUCACAGCAGAAGCUAAGAGAUUGCGCAUCACCUGUCUGGCAAUGUGACAAGAUCUGUGGUAAACUAUUGGACUGUGGUAAUCACAGGUGCCAAGAAGUUUGCCAUGGGGGGGUGUGCGAAUCUUGUGCUCUGAGCAAACCUAGAACCUGCCCCUGUGGAAAAGAAAAAUAUAUAUUGCCGUGCACUGACGAAACACCCACUUGCAAAGACACGUGUGGUAAAUUGUUGGAAUGCGGCAUUCAUUUUUGUAACCAAAGGUGUCACAAAGAAAAAUGUGGAUUGUGUUUGGAGACGGUUAUAAAAGCUUGCAGAUGCGGUCAGUACUCCAAAGAGAUACAGUGCAGCAAGCAGUACUUGUGUGAUACAAAGUGCAAGAGGAUAAGGGAUUGUAAUAAACAUCCGUGCAAUAGAAAAUGCUGUGACGGUAAUUGCCCGCCAUGCGAAAAAGUUUGCGGGCACACUUUGCAGUGUGGGAAUCACAAGUGCGCCUCGGUUUGUCACCGGGGCCUAUGCUAUCCGUGUCAGCAAACCAACAUAGUGACUUGCAGAUGUGGUGCUACGAAAAUCACGGUGCCUUGUGGCAAAAAACACAAAACCAAACCUCCAAGAUGUUCGAAAUUGUGCCUAAUUCCACCGGAUUGUCACCACGAAACUCGGGAAAGCCACAGGUGUCAUUUCGGCGAUUGUCCCGCUUGUAAGCAAGUAUGUAAUAAACGAAGGAGUACCUGCGAGCAUCUCUGUUUAGCACAGUGUCAUUCUGCAGUGCUAGUCAAGUUGGAAACUGAGAGAGCUUCGAUGCCUUGGGAACAAAGUAAACCACAAUUGGAAAAGCGAGAACUGCAGUGUCCGGACUGUAUUGUUCCGGUUAUGGUGACAUGUUUAGGAGAACAUGAAACAUCCAGCUGGCCAUGCCAUUUGGCGAAACCCUCUUGUUGCGGUCGUCCCUGUGGCAGAAUGUUAGCGUGCAGUAACCACUUCUGCUCGGUACCUUGUCACGUUGUCGACAGUGUUGAAGACAACAAAGUUAAGGCAGGAACCAAUUGUGAAAAGUGCGAAAAUCCUUGUAUGAAAGCUAGACCUGACGGAUGUCAGCAUAGCUGCCUUAACCCGUGUCAUCCGGGCGAGUGCCCUCCUUGCAAGCAAAUGCUCAGGAUCAAAUGCCACUGCGGCCUAAACCAGCCUUAUAUCAAGUGCAGCGAUUGGCUGGAUUUGGUUAAAAGGGAGGAGUUGCAGAGUUGCGGCAAUCAGUGUCCUAAAAAUUACGCUUGCGGUCACCGGUGCAAAGCAAACUGUCAUUCCGGCAAAUGUCCCAAUUCCGACUCGUGUAAGAAGAAGCUGAAAGUAACUUGUAAGUGCAAGAGGAUAAAGAAGGAAUUUUCAUGCGAGAGCGUGCGCAGAGGUGUCGCCACAAUCGACUGCGACGACGGAUGCGCGCAAAAACAAAAAGAAGAACAGCAAAAGCAGGACGAGUUAGAUAAAGUGCGGAAACUGCAAGAAGAGAUUAAGAACCAAAGGGAAUUAGAGAAGUACGAGAAGAUCUUUGCUGGCAAGAGGAAAACGAAGGAGAGGAAGAAACACGAGGAAAAUGAAGAGAAGACGCUUUUUCGAAAAUACUGGAUGCUGGUUUUGUCGAGUUUUUUGGUUGUUGCGUCAGUGGCUGUUUAUCAGGUUGUUGGCUAGAAGUUUGUAUAUCUAUGUAGGGUCCAUUUGAGGUAUUCUUUUUGGGUAUAGGGGAGUUAAGAUAGUGUUGAGAUCUUGCAACAAUAAAGUUUGAUUAGAAAAAAAAUGUUGUUCUG